CAGCAUUACACGCAAAUACACACUCAAAUUUUCUGUUUGAUAAAUAAUAACACAUAUAACGUUAAAUAAUAUUGAUCCGAAAUCGUAUGGAUUGACAUUGCAUCCUCUUUACGCAGCUUUCGCUUACAGGUCAUCUUUUGGGUGCUAAACUGGUAAGCUAAAAUAAAUUAUAGACAAUGUAGGAGUGUGUAAUGUUCAACCAUGUUAUGAAAUGUUAUGAAAACAUUAUUGAACAACGAAGUGGCUGUAGGGACCCGGGUCCCAGAAGUGAGAGGUUGGGAUUAAAAAAAUAUUUAAAAAUAUUAUUGUUGGGUUGUAAGAUAAAAUUUGUUAUCAAAUGAUAGAUAAUUGAAUCACUUCUGAUACCUGGGUCCGAAAAGUCUAACAGAUUGAGCCAUGUCCGAGUCUAACCUAAUGAGCACAGUCCGAGUCUAACCUAAUGAGCACAGUCCGAGUCUAACCUAAUGAGCACAGUCCUAGUCUAACCUAAUGAGCACAGUCCGAGUCUAACCUAAUGAGCCAUAUCCGAUUUCAACUUAAUGAGUCAUUAUACGAGUCUAACCUAAUGAGCACCGUCCGAGUCUAACAGAUUGAGACAUGUCCGAGUCUAACCUAAUGAGCACCGUCCGAGUCUAACAGAUUGAGCCAUGUCUGAGUCUAACCUAAUGAGCACCGUCCGAGUCUAACCUAAUGAGCCAUAUCCGAUUUCAACUUAAUGAGUCAUUAUACGAGUCUAACCUAAUGAGCACCGUCCGAGUCUAACAGAUUGAGCCAUGUCCGAGUCUAACCUAAUGAGCACGGUCCGAGUCUAACAGAUUGAGCCAUGUCAGAGUCUAACCUAAUGAGCAAGGUCAGAGUCUAACCUAAUGAGCACGGUCAGAGUCUAACCUAAUGAGCACGGUCAGAGUCUAACCUAAUGAGCACGGUCAGAGUCUAACCUAAUGAGCACGGUCAGAGUCUAACCUAAUGAGCACGGUCAGAGUCUAACCUAAUGAGCACGGUCCGAGUCUAACAGAUUGAGCCAUGUCCGAGUCUAACCUAAUGAGCACGGUCAGAGUCUAACCUAAUGAGCAUGGUCAGAGUCUAACCUAAUGAGCACGGUCAGAGUCUAACCCAAUGAGCACGGUCAGAGUCUAACCUAAUGAUCACGGUCAGAGUCUAACCUAAUGAGCACGGUCAGAGUCUAACCUAAUGAGCACCGUCCGAGUCUAACAGAUUGAGCCAUGUCCAAGUCUAACCUAAUGAGCACAGUCCGAGUCUAACCUAAUGAGCCAUAUCCGAUUUCAACUUAAUGAGUCAUUAUACGAGUAUAACCUAAUGAGCACAGUCCGAGUCUAACCUAAUGAGCCAUGUCCGAGUCUAACCUAAUGAGCACCGUCCGAGUCUAACCUAAUGAGCCAUAUCCGAUUUCAACUUAAUGAGUCAUUAUACGAGUCUAACCUAAUUAGCCAUUUCCUGGUCUAACUUAAAGAGCCAUAUCCGAUUUCAACCUAAUCAGCCAUAUCCGAGUCUAAACCAAUAUGCCCUCUGGAAAACCUAAUAUGCACUGCUGUUUUUUUUAUUAAAAGGAAUUAUAUCAAAAUAUAUCAUGAGGGUACUGAGAAAAUCAAGGCAAAUGAUUCUCUUUUGGUGUUUGCUGGCUACCAUUGAUUGAUUCAUCAAAGUAUCACUGCUAGGCGAGAGCGUGUGUUUUUUGAAGUGCUUUCGCAAACGUACUGCUACGCAAGAAUUGAAACGGUUCAGCUACAUCACAUGAGCAGACUCAUAGCGCUGCUGUGCCGGUUUCACUUUUAAGUUUAAUAUUAAAACGAGUAUAUUUUUUUUCAAUUGUGUAAACUACUAGCGGUGCCCUCAUGCAAUGAAUCUUUCAAGCUCUGUCUCGAUAUUCAGUAACUUUUACUGAGCUAUAAUACGAGGGCCGAUAACUAGUCUCUGGCAGGGCCUUACCUGAAAACGUAUGUUAAAGGUCAAAGGUCAACAAUUCCCUUUCUGUCGAUAUUAUUCCUGUAAGGUUUUUUAAAUACGUUGGCUUCUGGGUUCAUUCCCGUGCCAUACAUUCCUGGGAUUUAAUCUUUAAAGCGUGUGUGUUUGCUAAAGAUCCCGGUACAAAACAGGAUUCACGGAGGCCAGAGAAGGUCAAUUUGUUGGAGCGAUCUAUACACACGCGCGAAAAGGCAAGGCACCUAUAACCGCUACUUUCAUUUAGUCAGAGAAUUCAAUCCCACGGAGAAAGACUAAUUUUAGAUGCGAUGAGAAAUAGAUCAUUGCACUGCCUAGUACCCCUUUCUUCCCAUUUGUAUAGAACUGUUCUGAACUAUUUUUUUUUAUUUUACAUUUCCUUUAUAUUUUUUUAUCAACAGAAACUUUGAGGGGAAACAAAAUAACAUCAGCAAGAAAAUAUAUCAACAUCUUGAUCUGCGAGUGAAAUUGAUGCAGUUGAAUUUCAUUCUGAAGAAUUACUAUUAGACUUCAAUAAGGAGACAAUUGUUUUUUGUUUUUUUUUUGUUUUUUUUAAAAACUAUUUAACUAUAGUUGAUAGUGUCACCAUGGCCUUUCAUCACGAGUGGGCCUGGUACAACCUCUACUUCCCCAACCCCGACGGCGCCCUCUGCCGGCAGCACAUGAGUGACCAGGAGUGGCACCGCAUGGCGAGGUGGCGGGACUUUGAGUGGUUCAACAACGGCGGGACGGAGGCCAACCGGAUCCUGACAUUCAACAGGGGCGGCAUGCACCCUUACUACAGCGCCGACAAGUGCUCCCCCCAUUUGGUAGGUACAACGUAGGUGACAUGUGUGGAGCCCUGGUCUUGGACAUGUAUGGGGCUCUGAUCUUGGACAUGUCUUGGGCCCUGGUCUUGGACAUGUCUGAGGCUCUGGUCUUGGACAUGUCUGGGGCCUGGUUUUGGAUAUGUCUGAGGCUCUGGUCUUGGAUAUGUCUUGGGCUCUCAUUUUGGACAUGUCUUGGGCUCUGAUCUUGGACAUGUAUUGGGCUCUGAUUUUGGACAUCACUUUAUCCAUAGAGAAAACAAAAUCUGGGAGAAGGCUGGAAACUGAUGGACUGCUUUGGACAUAUUCAUUUCACGAUUUCUUUCCACAUCGAAAAACUACUUUUUGGUAUUUAAACUUUGAGCAAUUAAGUUUGCUUGGAUUAGUUUUGGGAGACCUGUUAAUCUUGCCGCAGUGUUUUGGUCCUGGGGUUGUCAGAGUAAAAUGUUUUUGGCCUUGAGACACACGACUCACGACUUUAAACCUGUAUAAAACCAAGGUAGAAAUCGUCUGACUUUUUCUUGUGCGGUCCAUUUAUUAACAAAGAGAGAUAUACAAGCCCUCUCUUGUGCCCCGGUCACGCACGGUCCCAUGUCUGGCGUGAAAGUCUGCUCGUGUGUUUGUCACAGACCCUUAGCUCCAUAACAUAGUCGUAAAAUGUAUUCCAGACUUCACAACACAGGUUGCAAGAACAGAUUACAUUUGUUUAUGACGCAGUGGUCAAUACUUUCAGCGCGGACAGGUGAACAACGGCGACACUCGCUGCCAGGGCUUAUCUACAAACAGAAAGACGCUUUAUGUGAUAGACAUUAUAACAUACCAGGACUGGUUUAAAGUCAUUCUACCAGUUGGGUAGGUAGGGGUGUGGAGGGCGCCUUCCGCCCCGGGUGGCACAUUUUUCUAAAAUUAAAAGGCGUGAUUUUCGGCCAACUGCAGUGUUAGUGGAAAGGGGAGACAAACAGCUUUGUCCGUCCUGGACGGCCUUAACCCUAGACACGCCCCUGAGUCAAACUAAAGAUUGUUGGAUAGUGAGACAAUCAUAUUUCUUUGGCAAGACACAGCGUGGUGUCUAGGUUGCUUGCAAGACACAACGUGGUGUCUAGGUUGCUUGCAAGACACAACGUGGUGUCUAGGUUGCUUGCAAGACACAGCGUGGUGUCUAGGUUGCUUGCAAGACAACACUACAUGUCUUGUGAUCUUGUUAGAUAUAUUUAUUUUAUUUUAUUUAGCAAUCAUUUCCUUGACUUUCAUUGAAGUAUUUGACCAGUAGGCCAAUAUAAAUCCAAUUAUGAAAUGUCGGUGCGGUACCUCUUUUGUGUGUGGGAGUUUACAGAAAUCAAUGCCUCAAGGACAAAUCAAUCUGAACUGCUUGUGGGGGGGGGGGAUUAAACGUGUUUUGAAUAGCGUCCCCGAGACUAAGCGCAACACUUGCAAGAAUUAAUGAACCAAGAACCGACAGAACCACAACAGUGAUAGCUAUUGGUUUCAAUUACACCCACACAUAUAUACAUAAUAUAUAUAACACUACAUAGUGAUAUAGUUUAGUAAGUGGCAUAGUGUAAUGUAUCCAGUAAACAAUGGCUCCAACUCUAGAAUGUAAACAGUAUGACACAAAAAUACAAGUCUUACCUCUAAAACUGUAGUCAAUAAACAAUUCGAGGAUGUCUCUGGGUUGUUUUUUCAGUUAUCACCUCUCCCUAAAAGUAUCCCCUCCCCUCUCUGAUACACAGACACAGACCCACCAAACAGCAAUGUUUUUUUCUGGCAUCAAAACAACAUUGUGCCUCCCAGCCCCUGUGACCUCCAAUUUUUUUUUCUUCUCCCGAUCACGCUGGGUGCCUAUUGAUUUUUUUGUUGUUGUUGCCAGCGAUCAAUAUGGAUAGUAUCGACUCUCCCUGUGGUUUUGAUUCCGUUUAUAAUACACAAGAAAGUUUAAAUCUAUGAUCUUUUCUUAUCUAUAUUGAUAUCAGUCGCUUUCUUGUAAUGCCUGGGCCAUAUCUACUCAGCGAGUUUGUAUUAUUGAGGGCGUGUGUCGCUUUCGUGCACUAUUGAUGCCUGCAAAAUUGGAUCAUUUGUGCUUAUCGGUUGUACCUACUAUGUACAGUAAGGUGCGGGUGUCUAACGGCAACUAUCAAAUGUACCUAACGAAUGGAUCAAGGAGUCUCAUCCUUUAGUACUUAAUAAGCAUUGCGGGAACUCCAUUAAUUUUUAAUGUAAUUAUUAUAGUCACCCCCGGAAAUAAACAAAUGACUUGAGUGAUGUUUACCUUGUUGUAAAGUUUUGUAAUUAUGACCAGACGGCGAUAACAUCAAGUAUCAUCUUCGCGGUGGGACAAUCAACUCAAGACAUCAGCUGGGACAUCUUCUUUCUGUUUUUUUUUAAUAAUUGGUAAAAAAUUGAACCGCUCAUUUCAUCGUAACAGCUCACCAAUUUUUUCGCGGUGUAUUCACCCACUAGUACAAUGCACCUCCCCGAAUUGUACAGGAAUCAUACAAACCCGGCAUUGAAUUCUAAAAAAACAACAAGUAUUUGCGUGAUUUUAAAAAAAAAUCACUUUAAUGAAGGUUGGAACGGGCUAAAUGUGGCUUAUUCGCAUUUAGUGGUCCUUCUCCUUUAAAACAAUCAAGUUUAUCGUUUAGCUUUAACUACUACGCAUUAGAUUAUUUCCUGUCAUAUUCGUUUUCACUGUUGCAAACAUUUAUAUAAUAAGAUUUCUGAGCUCAGUUACCUAUUUAUCAUUACGAAUUGUUUGUUUGUUGGAUUUUUGUUUGUUUUUUGUUUGUUAUUUUAACACGAUGUUUCAUAAUUAGCACCCGUUCAUGAAAGUAAUAUAAAAAAUAUAUUUAAAUAUGUACAACAGUGUAUAUAGUGGUUUAAAUUGAAUCUAAUGUUAAGAGUACAGGGCGCCACCUUACCUGGGAAAGUUUCCACAGCGAGCGUAUUGAGGUUACUUUUGUUUACCUUUCAGUCGUCUGACUGUCACUAGCUGUAAAGCCCUCUGUGUCGUGGUUUGGGUUUUGUGGAUUCAAUUUCACUGAGAAACAGGUAGACUUGUGGGCACACGGGGUGUUAUGUCGCUGUGAUAAGCAUAACAACUUGGUACUGCUGGUAGCCUUGGUACUGCUGGUAGCCUUGGUACUGCUGGUAGCCUUGGUACUGCUGGCAGCCUUGGUACUACUGGUAGGCUUGGUACUACUGGUAGCCUUGGUACUGCUGGUAGCCUUGUUACUGCUGGUAGCCUUGGUACUGCUGGUAGCCUUGGUACUGCUGGUAGCCUUGGUACUACUGGUAGGCUUGGUACUGUUGGUAGGCUUGGUACUGCUGGUAGUCUUGUUACUGCUGACAGCCUUGGUACUGCUGGUAACAUAAGUACCUCUGUCUUAAAUUGCUACUGUUGUCUAGCAUUGGUACUGUUGUCUAACAUUGGUACUGCUGUCUAACAUUGGUACUGUUGUCUAACAUUGGUACUGUUGUCUAACAUGGUACUGUUGUCUAACAUUUGUACUGUUGUCUAACAUUGGCACUGCUGUCUUACAUUGGUACUGUUGUCUAACAUUGGUACUGUUGUCUAACAUUGGUACUGCUGUUUUACAUUGGUACAGUUGUCCAACAUUGGUACUGUUGUCUAACAGUGGUACUGCUGGUAACAUUAGUACUGAUGUAGCCUUGGUACUGCUGGUAGGCUUGGUACUGCUGGUAGUCUUGGUACUACUGGUAGCCUUGUUACUGUUGGUAGGCUUGGCACUUCUGGUAGCCUUGUUACUGCUGGUAGCUUUGGUACUGCUGGUAACAUAAAUACCUCUGUCUUAAAUUGGUACUGUUCUCUAACAUUGGUACUGUUGUCUAACAUUGAUACUGCUGUCUAACAUUGGUACUGCUGUCUAACAUUGGUACUGUUGUCUAACAUUGGUACUGCUGUCUAACAUUGGUACUGCUGUCUAACAUCGGUACUGCUGUCUAACAUUGGUACUUCUGUCUAAAUUGGUACUGCUGUAUUACACUAGUACUGUUGUUUAACAUUUGUUCUGCUUUCUAAAAUUGUAUUGAUGAAAUAAAAUAACGAAAAGUUUUGCUGAAUAUUUACUAUUAUUUUUUAUAAACAAAAUUUCUUUUUGGUCAAUUUUAACAACACUAAUAUUCUUCCAGCCGCAAUACACAACAUAAAACAUUUUGAGUUUUUUCCUGAAGUUCUUUAUCAUCCUCAAAUAAAAUUGCCACUGGUAUAAAAAUCAUGUCUACUUCUCCCCCUCAGCUCCCGCCGGCCGGCGCCCCGUCCAGCACCCACGCCCGCCGCCACCCGUCCUUCUACUUUGAGCUCUUCUACAGGAUGCUCCAGGAGAGGGAGUCGCUGGUACGGAGGGGCCUGCUGCCCGCGGACAUGCCCACACCUGGGAGGCACGAGGCCACGCCGACCCACUGCUCGUGCGGCAAACCACAGCGCACGAUGACCACCGGCGACCGGAAGGAGAUGGAGGCCAAGCUCUGCAAGUGUACCGUCAACCAGAUGGCCAAAGAAGGCUGGUUUGACGGGGCCUACUCCAGGUUUUCUUAGUGACCCAAUAUGGAAGCAGGCUGUUUGGUUUUGGUGGUUUUAUAUAUAUAUAUAUUCAAAGGGAGCCCUGCAACACGUUUUUCUUCUUUUAACUAAAUUUUGAAUCAUUCUGAUAAAAAAAAAAGUCAGAAAUAAAACCUAAAGCUUACUCAGAAAUGAGAUCAAAGGUUUACCAUCAAAUCAAUAAUGCAUUGAGGUUUUGUUUUUGAAACCAUUUUUGGGUGUAAGUGAACAUGAAAUAAAAAU